AUGCCCGCCCACAUGCAUGGGCUACAGGCGAUCUUGCUGCUCAUUCAGUUGAUGAGCAACCCUUUGCAUGCCGCUGUCUUCACGCAAUCUGGGAUGAAGUACACAGUCGCGGAAACGGCCCAGCUUCAGAUGGAAGGAGGGACCUCUGAUUUGAAAGCUACUGAUCUCAAGAUUUACUGGGGAUCGCUGGGAGCGUGGAGCAAAGGGAAUGAUAUUCUUGCGUCCAACACAGUCAUCGAGGUGUAUCUCCCGCGAUUCACGGGAGGAUCGAACCUCUUCGGUGCAUACAGGUCGGACAGCUCGGAGACCAACGUCAUGUGGAUGAAGCAAAGUCGAGUGAUUACAAUAUCCGAAAGCAUUUCCAAGACAUGGGGGACAGGUCUUCCUGUCUCCAGCCAAUUUUCCUUUGAGAAUGGUCCUGGGGUAGGAGGAUGCUUUGGAAUAACACAGGAUCUCUCAUCGAAUGCGUUUGAUCUCAAGCAGCUCAAUGCAAGCUCCUUCUCCAUGUGUCACUGGGACUCGCAGAAAGAGACUCUUCGUUUGCUGAUGUCCUCCUCAAAGCCCAUCACAGGCGUGUACAUCAGCAAGGUCUCAAUGUACCAGAACUACGAUGUCCAUGGAAAGCAGAAUGGUCUGGGCCCAUUGCCGCCCAUCGGAGGUAUUGAUGAGCAGUGGUAUCAGCUAGCAAAUGUGGCUGUGUAUCAGGCUUUGGGAUCUUUGCAAGGCUGCGCGGUGGAGGCGAUCAGUGACUUCCCGUCGACGGCUUGCACCAGCGAUCUCCUGGUAUAUCAAGUUCCUUUCGAUCAGUAUCGGUCAGUGAGGUUCGGGACAGACCAUCCCCCCAUCCCUACCAGAAAAGGAGCUGGAGGCGUGGGCACCGUAGCUCCUCCCGCUUUCGUGUAUGCAGCAGCGUCAGGGAACAAUGACGGGCCGAACCAACCUGUAUGCAUCACCGUCACUCUGAUCAGCUCGACCACUCUCUACUCAGCUGCCGUCAACCCAACCACCAUCACCUUGACAGGACUGAUUGGAUCCUCGAGUGCUAGUCAGCCCAUUCAGCUCUUUCAAAACAAAUGUCAAUGCCAAGGCUCAAGCCCUGUGCAGGACUUGAUGCCUGCGAGGUUUCGAACUUCAACCACCAUCAACCAUGUCGGCUCAGCAGACUUCAAGGCCGACGGAACCCUGACCUUUCAACUCAUACCCGGGUACUACAUUCAAGCUGGAGAGGUCCUGACCUUCUCGUUUGGUCUGUUGACGGGUGGAAACACGCAGGUCUCACAAGAAUUGAAGGUGUCAUUGUCCGGGCAAGCGUGUCUAGCUAAUGAUUUCUGCACGUCAUCAAAGUCAGUAGCAAUCAAGAUUCCACCAACUCCAUUCCACUCGUCGUCGAGGAUCUUAGAGGUGGUUGGCAAGAAGCUGAAGGUGUCGAUGUUUCAAAGCUCAAGCGAUCCUGGCUCAUGGACCAACAUCUUUGUGACGCUCCGGCCCAACUUCAACGUUGAGGUUGGGUCUGUCAUCAGCAUUCAGGGACUCUGCGGCACGCAGAGCAAGUCAGCGUACGUGACUCUAGUCAGCAACAGAAUCAACGGCGGUACUCCGUUGACCGACAAGUGCACUGGCAACCCUACCGAGGUUGACCUCGCAGACUACUGGCCGGGCUCAAGGAUGGAUUGGAACGGAGGACCCCUCAAGAUCACUGUGGCGAGCAGCUUGAGCCUCGUUGCUCAAGGUACCUACGCUCUUUCAUGGACUUGGAAGAACCUGAACCUGGCUCAUUCGGCGUGCUCGAUGACUGUCAGCAUGCUGAAAGCAGGCGAUGUCGUGAGCGCUGAGGCUGUGGAGAACAUCGGCAACACAGUCGGCUAUGUACAAGCUCCUGGGUUUAUCAAGUACAAGAUCGGUCAAUCUACUACUCGCCCUGACGUUGUGAACUACAUUUGUGUGACGCUGAGAAGCAAUUUCCGAGUUUCGACACUGUCCAAUAGUCAAGGACAAAACAACUUGGCUCAGAUCACCAUCUCAGGGCUGCAGGGAUCUCAAACAACAACAGCAUUGUAUUUGAAGGCUUGUCCGUCAUAUGACUGGAGCCUGAUGCAGCUACAACCUGAGUCUGAGCCGCCAACAGCUCAUUUCGUAGAUAAGAUAACUGGAGGAACACUUCAUCGUACUUCAAGCUGGUCUUCUGGAUCAGCCGUGUUGACCGUCAAUCAGGAUGACGUUGCAAAUCAAGUCUAUUAUUCCAUUCCUCAGCAGCAGGACAUCGUGUUUGCUCUGAUGCUGAAGAACCCGAAGGUCUCCAACCCCUGUCAGUCAGUCACGAUGAGCUUCUCUGGUGUCGGCCCUGGCGACCACCUGGUCACACAAACAGUGAGCAUGGUGCAGAAUCCUGUGGAUAGGGCCCUCGAGGACGGCGAGACAGACGGGGACGUGUGUGUGCUCAAGACUUACGAUUACAAUUUUCCUACUCGAGUGAUCGCUCAGUCGACUUCAGUUGUUCAGGAGAAGAACAUCAUUACAGUCACGUUGAGGUCCAACAUGGACCUAUUGAGCUCGGUCUACAGUCCGCAGAUCACCAUCUCUGGUCUCACGGGAACUGACACCACCAUAACAUCAUUGUCUGCUUCUGCCAUCACAGACCAGUAUUUCCCCAACAUUCAGAAGUCCAGCUGGGACCAUGCACGAGGCGAGCUUGUAAUUACCCUCGCUCCAGGGGCCUGUCAGCUACCUGUCAAAGGUCAGCCCUCUAAUUGUAUGUACGCUGGAUGGACCUAUGCGUGGAGUUACGUCUACAGGAAUGGCAUUACGGAGCAGGCCAGCCCUCCAGUGUCAAUAUCAUGUCAGUUUGCUCAAAGCAAGCUGACAAGCCCACAGCCGAUGGCUUCACCAAUGCGCCAAGACUUGCAUGUGCUCUACUUGACGAGGAAGCUGCUCAACAAGUAUGACAUCGGGCAGCUGAACCCUUCUCCUGGUGCUGUCAACCCUGUUUGCAUUACCUUGAGACCCAGCAAGUCUAUCAGUGCCCCAACGACCUUCACUCUCACGGGCUUGAACAUGUUCUCUUCUGGUACCAAAGUUGCCUUGUACGAUGAGUUUGGCGUAUCGCCUCUUACCAGUGGGUUGUUUCAGUCAGUGGGUGAAAGCCCGCAAGACAACUAUGUGACAUAUGACAAGUCGACCAUACAGUUUCAGCUGGCUCCGUCACAAUCGCUGCAGCAGGACAUCAAGUACAAGUUUUGUUUCCAGCUCACUAACUCGAAGACAGGGCAGACGACUUGCCCUCAGGUCUCGUUGACAGUAGCUUCAACAUCAGCUCCUGCCGUGUUCCAAGGAGCUCAAUCGUAUCUCUGCUCGAAUGACAUGACCAGGAAGGUCAGCGGCUACACUUCUGAGCCGUCAGGGUGCGCGGGCUACAUAUCCGAUCGCAAGUUCAUCUCGUCCAACAUCAGGUCGGGGUCGAACGUGACUGGCAGCACUGUCUGGUUGACGAUGGAGCUACAGCCUAACUAUCCACUUGCCUCGGGUCAGACUAUCACCGUUGGCUCGUUCGUGAGCAUGAAGAAUGCUGGAUCUUCGGACAUUCCAUGUACGAUAGUUAGGAACGCGCAGGUUGUCAAUGCCGUUACCAAUCAGCGUUCUAAAGGAAUUGUACCUCCCGCUGUGUUCAACAGCGUAUGCAAGUACAUUGACAACACGAUUCAGAUCUCCUGCACUGGGGCUUCAACGCAGUACUCAUCUUCCAUGUACGACCCGUUCUACAAUCUGAAUGCUCGACGAUCCAAAGGUUUGUACAAGGUGGAGGUCACAGCGGGAGGGUCGGGGUAUCAGUCUGCUAGUGUGAUCAUAUGUGAUGUUACGCCUGGAGCCGAGUUCUGGACGAUACCGGCAUGCACAGCUGCUGGGGUAGUGUUUGCUGCGGGCACCUCUGCUUCAGCUACUGCCAACGUGAUCUCCGGUGCAGUGACUUCUAUCAGCCUGACGGCACCUGGGUCAGGCUAUACGCUCCCUCCUCAGGUUUUUAUUGUCGAUCCCUCGGGCUCAGGGAGCGGUGCUCAAGCCGAAGCCUUCAUUUAUGAUCACUCUAUUUACACAGUUCAGCUGCAGCUGGUGAACCAGAACACUGCUGCCAGCGCUCAAGCUUUGACCGUUACGUCGGGGUCGUCGUUUGUGUCUGCAACUCUUGACAGUGGAUACGAGGUGCAAGCCGAGGCUAGCUUGCGGAUCUCAGAGCAGACCAGCUCAGAGGUUGUCUUCACAGUCACUCCCGAGCAAAACCUGUACGAGGGCGACAUGCUGCUUGUCAACUUGCCCGCCUAUGACGUUGUCACUGGUCCCAUCUUUGGCGUCACCUCCUCUCCCAACCCUGCCUUCACCACCUUCGGAACGCAGCUGGAGUGGGAGCUCAACUACCACCAGGAGAAUAGAGCUCGAGCAUAUGUCAGCAACGGCUGGGUGGCAGACGGAAACAGACAUCGGUCAGGGGACGGAGAUGUCGACGGUCUGUUUGUGCUCUCGCCUGAUGAUGAUGGCUACAACAAGAACAAGGACCUGUGCUGGAGCCGAGUGUCUUGCCCCUGGGGUCUACCAGACAGCAACGCCCUCUUCGGGACAUCGACGACGCUGAUGCUGACGAAGGUGACGAACGGAGCCUCGUCGUCUCUGGGAUACACGCAAGACAUCUGCUACAGAAACAGCAGCAUCAACCUGCUUCACCCUUCGGACUAUGUCGGCAUGCAGCUCAGGUGCCGUAACAAUCAGCACACUGUGACGGCCGGCGGUCAAGUCACGAGCGUGCGAGUGCGACACGGAGGCCUAGCGGUCGUCAGCGGGAAAUACUCGGAGAGCUCGGGUGUUUCAGGCGCUGCCCCUACAUUCGUGGCAUCUGGAGCAACAGACGCGGCGACGGGGACGCUGCUGUACCAGGUGGUGGGAGUACAGUUCAUGUCGGGCAGCUUGUUGGCAGCUGGGGACAGCAUUGUCUUCGAUUCUACCUACCAAGUGCUGCCGGCAAACGCUACCGUCUCUUCUCUGUACAACAGCAGACCAGCUGUGCAUGUCACUGCCUCGGGCCUGUACUCUGGUUAUCCGUUUGCAACUGUGUCAGGGAAGAACACCGAGUUGCGAGUGCUCGUGACUGUGGCGAGUGCGAGAAUAACGUCUCAAGGCAGCGGGUAUACUGCUAUUCCCUCUAUCUCCACCUCUCUCAAGCCAGGCGUCGCCUUGCCCGCCGCAGUCCAGCAGCUUGAGCUACCUCUGUUUGAUGUUUCCCUUACCAACGUCACCGGUACGGUCAUUACCCAGUCUAUCCUCGACUACAUCCCAGCACGACAAUGCUUCGUGGUUGCAGAAGAGUUCCCGACGUCGUUUCUGAGCGACUGUCAGGUUGCGCCCAAGGAGCAAGUUGGUCGAUACACCGGCAUGACGGCAAUGAUCGGAUCCAACGAGUACGUGAUCAAGCAGGGAGCAGGUGGCGUCUACUGGGUGACGGACCUCAAGGGCAACAAGCCCAGAAGCAUCGACCUGUCGAACAAGCCCUACACCAUCUACACUCAGAUGCAGCUGCAGGUGGCGAAGGGGAAGUGGAUCAGGCAGGGCGAGAGCAUUAGCAUCAGCAUUCCAAGCUACAGGUUCCGGUCGGUUCCAAGCGAUACGAAUGCGUUCAUCACUCGCUCUACUGACGAUGCCUCCAAGACGAUCAAGGAGAGGACUAGAUUUCAGUUUGCCUCUCCCAUUAGCUUUCGAAACGUGAGAGUAUCGGGCUCAGCUGCUUCGCGGAUGCUUCUGUUCGGCGGAGGCAUGUCAUCAGGCGACAGUUGUACCAUCCAAGGAAGCGACAUCGAGGGACCGCAGGCCACGGACGGGCUGACGGUCAACAACGCUCAGACUAUGACAACCGUCGGAGGGAGCGAACCUGUUUUUGCUCCUCCUUCUACUUGGGGCUCUGGAUAUCUCCGACCUGCGAGCUUUUCCGGCACUUGCACGUCCAGUAGGAGCUUGUUGGGUGUGUUCAUGCUCGAGGGGCAAAGGACGGGCAUCGAACGGAUCGAGAUUGUUACACCUGGAACAAGUUGCAGCGCCAACGUCCAGGUAACCAUCUCCAGUCCGGACAGGGACAGAGUAACGGAUGGGCUGACCAACACUCCCGUGUGUCCGUCCGACAGCUCUCUAUGUUCUCAGGCUACAGCAGUCGCAACUGUCAGCGGAGGGUCCAUCACCAGCAUCGUCCUCACCAACGCCGGCAGUGGGUACUUGCUUGCCCCUGUAGUGACUAUGACCAACCCCAGCACCAACACUCCUUGCGACGCCUUCGCCAUCGCACACUUGUCGCACAACUUCACCUCCCGUCUGCGGGUUACAGCAGACCCAAACUUGAUGAUGUAUCAACCCGAGCGAGAUCAUUUUGACUCCCUCACUGGCCUCCACUCCUCCGUCUUUGCUGCCGUCUCUCUCUACAACCGAUAUGAUGCAAGAAAGUCAAACGCCGAGGUCGGAACAGGAUACGUGAGUGCGAUAGUUGUGACGUCGCUACCCCCCUCCACCUGCAUAGGACCCAUCACCAUCGAGCCUCCGCCCUCAGGCAGGACAGCAAAGGCUCGGACAGCAGGCAACGGCGGCAUCGCAUCGAUCGAGGUCAUCGAUGGAGGGUACGGGUACGAGUAUCCUCCAGCUGUCAGCUUUCCAUGUGGAGGAGGCAGUGCUCGGGCUAUUCUAGGCUUCACAACUUCAGACGUCCACAUGGCCGGGCCAAGAGCCUCCUCCUACACAGGGAUGCAGUCGGCUCUGCUGACAUCAUCGUCCAAGGCUCCCGCCUUCCGUUUCUCGAUGGACUCGCCAGUGGUAGUCGGCUUCAACAAGGCUUGCAGCACUGCAGUCACGCAAACGAUGCUGAGGGCAGGCGCCUCGUGGAACAGCUCUCGAGUUACUGCAGUGACCAUCCCUCAGCAGGGAGUCGCAGGGUUUGCGUUUGGGUUCACAAGCGUGAAGAUAAGUCCGUCAGCCAUCAACACCAACGGUCUGGUCGAUGCUCAUGCCGACGCCUUGGCGGUCCCCACCUGGUCCUUUCCUGCCUCGGGGUCGAGGCUUGUCAACGGGGAAACUGGGAUAGUGCAUUACAAUGGACCAACGGCAGUGACUAAUCUCUUCAGCUGCGAUCAGUCGGUGCUGGUUUUCAGCCCUCCGCAACGAGGAGGAGGGCAGGUGUUGAAGAUUAAAGUCUCUCAAGCUGCGGGAGCAAGCUUCCCGAGCUACGAGAUCGUACAGCAAGGUCAAGGGUAUGCAAACAUCCCGAUCGUUGUCGACAUUGAGUUCAGCGUCGGAGGGUCAGUCAAGAGCUACAGACAAGACUACGCUGAUCUGAGCAGCAGCCAGUCAACACUCUGCAAGCCCUCCUUCUUCUCCUUGAACACGGCAUACCAGGGAACCAACGUCUACUCGAGUUUUGUCAUACCCUCAGGCACAGGGGCACAGCAGACAGGUCUGACUCUCGACGGAGCUCUCAUCACCCGUGAGGGGUACGGAUACCAAAGCUCUGGCUCCAUACCCAUCGCGACCUUCAGCUGCAGUGGAUGUUCCAGCAGCGCAUGUGCUGACAAGGACGCCAACUCCAUCGCCAACGAGCUCUGCACUGCCUCAGACCUCAAGGUGGAGGCGACAGUGAGCAGCGAGUGCUCGGGCACCUGCCUGCAUUCAGUAGCGACCAGCGCCUUCUUCUCCCCCAGCAAUCGCGAUGGGCUGCAGAUCUGCUCGCCGGCAAAUGGAGCUGGAGGAGACUACAGGACCCGCAAGACGCUGCAGAUGCGCGUGUCGAGCGGGCCUUCGGCGUACUCCAACAGCAACGUCUACACGGCUCGACGUAGCCAGGGCUUUCAAGGCCCACGAGGCUCCUUGAUCUUCAAGAUCACAGCCAACGAGACUUUCGCGUCGUCCUCCCGCUGUCAACCUCCGCGCGUCAUCGUUGAGCCUCCCUCCUCAGGAGGAGUGCAGGCAGAGGUCGUGCUCGACUACAUCGACACAAGCCAGGACCCCUAUUCCAACGAGCCGUCUGCGAGCUCGACAGCAGCCAACAAGGGCUUCACAGCAGAUGCUGCUCCCUACCAGUACGUGCUCAGAGUCAUCAACGCAGGAUCCGGGUACUUGACCACUCCGAGCAUCAGGGUCGUCGAUUCUCCCGUGUCGUUGCCCGCAUGUCCAGCUCCCACUAUCGGAGCAUACCCAAGGAGCGGGAUGGUCGCAUCCAGGGUCGAGCUUGUCAGGAACAUCUCCCUACCAGAGCUUAAACAGGGAGGCGCAAACGUUCAACCGACGUGCAGCAGCGGGGCGUAUGUCGUCAAGACUCUUUGUCCGGGAUCCAACCUCUGCACAAGCGCCUACUCCAAAGCAGAGUUGAACCCGCUGCCCUCAUGCUCAGCCUCCUCGCAAUGCAGUCCAUGUGCUACAUUCCCUUGCCCCGCCAGCACCUGCGCGGCAGACAACUGUCCCUCCUACCUCUCGACAGUUCUCGAUGCUUCUCUCUCAAGCGUGGUCGCUGAUGAGGCCCUGGCGUCCAUCGGGUGGGAUGCUCGGACACAGCAGCCAGUGCUGCUCAACGCGGGCUUCGGCUUCUCUCCUAGCUCACCUAACCCGCUGAGGCUCGAGUUUCCCUCGGAUUCAGGACAAGCGUAUCCAUGCGCGGAGAUCCUUCUCUACUUCACCGACAGCCCCAGCUCAGAAGCGCUUCAGCCGGGCCCUCUCUACUGGCCGGGGGACUUAUCUUUUGAUCAGAGCUCGGUCCGCAACCUCGCGGGGCAGGUUACCGCAGUCGACUAUCUGUUUAGACCCGCCUUCAUCAACGCGGUCUUCGGGUCCUUCAGCAGCUUCCCCGUCACGACUCUUGUGGCUCUCAGAGAUCAGUCGGCUCGUAGACUCCUCCAGACCUCCAGGUCGGCUCUCCUGAUAGUGCAGUCAGUGACCGGGUUCAAGGUGGGCGACUACCUCCGACUCGUCGAUGAGAUCCUCCUCGUGGACGCGAUCAGUGUCGAGCAGAACUCCCUCGCGGUUACUCGAGGCGCGUUGAACUCCAGCAUAGCCUUGACCUUCAGUGCUGGCACCGUUGUCAGGACCUUCAACCCCGGCUCCGUGCUGUUGCAGAGUGUCCCAAGGAACGCGACAAGCAUCGAUGUGUCAAAUACAGCCAAGUUUAGGUCGGGCAGAUACAUCCAGGUGGAGAAGGAAGUCAUGUACGUCACUGCCGUAGGGGCCUCGUCGCUGACUGUUCUUCGAGCACAAGGAGGGACCAUCGCGUCUAGUCAUGCCGCGUUCAAGGCGGUGGGCUACGUUCGUCCCUCCCAGCAGUAUCCCGUUGUACUGGUAGAAGCCGUCACAGCCAAUCAAACCUCCAUGUCUGUGUCGGACGCGAGCCUUUUCUUCGUGGGGGCCUUGAUCAAGGUGCUGGAAGAGUCUAUGGCAGUCACUUCGAUCUCCGGCAACCAACUCACGGUCAAGCGAGCACAGGAAGGAACAUCAGCUUCAUCGUACCCGACACAAGUGCUAGUGAAGUUGACAGUUAUCUCGCCGAGCGUGAAUUCUUCCGAUUCGUCAGGCGCUUCCGUCUCCAUCGAGGGGGGUGUGCUCCAAACAGCCCCCUCCAUCAUCUAUAGAUCAAACAUGGUACUGCUAACUCAUCUCAGCUCCAGCGACACUGUUCUACAUGUGCAGGACCCAGUGAAGGAUACCAACUCAUCCGGCUUUCAGCCAGGCGACUAUCUUCUAAUAUUUAACUAUUACGUUUUGAACUACGAGGCGAUGUUGGUGUUGAGUGUUGAGACUGCUACAGUAUCGCAGUAUCUCUAUCAGAACCUGACGGUCGAAAGAGGUCAGUUUCAGUCAUAUGCACAAGAGUUUUUUCAAGGGGUCUCGGUGAACCUUCUGUUCAACCCUCGUGUCCUUGAGCAGGAUAUCACUGACACGGGCACGCACGCGAGCUUCUCCAACACCUAUGGACUACAAUCCGGAGAUCUGCUGUGGACGUUCCCGGCCAAUGACAACGCUGGAGAGAUAGAAGUGAUGGAGUAUCAGUCGGACGGUAGUGUGCUCCGAGGCUUGAUCCCUGACUGGGCUGGGAAGUCACAAGCUACCACCGUGUCAGCAGGAGCGCUUGUGCAGACUGUUGCUGAGCCUGCCUACCUCAAUCCUCCGUAUUGUACCCACGUCAAUAACAGUUUAGUUAGCAUGUCAAGGACAUCAGAUUUUGCAGUUGGAGACAACGUGAGCGAUGGGCAUACAGUUUACAAGGUGACAGCGAUCGAUGCAGCAUCAAACAACAUCACUGUAGAAAGUUUGUACUUUGCAGGUACUCCUUGUGGUAAAUACGGCUUUCUGGUCAAGAUUGAGGGUCUGAGACUCCUCAGCUCGAGUUUCACUGUCUCUCGCUCAUUUGACCCACUUGCUGUCUACACUAUCUCCUUGUCCACUCAAGUCUCUGACUUCUACUCCCCGGGAGACUUCGUGUGGAUAGCUGACGGGAGCACGUCAAGUUAUGCGAUGUUUCAAGUUGAAUCUGUUGGAGAUUACUCUCUAAAUGUAGCUGUAUUCACCGAUUCGCUUGGCAGUACAUUCAACAAAGACAUAGCAGUCUUGUACAAGUACGAGAGGUUUGACGUCAUCAAUGGUGCCGCACUGUCUCCCGGUGACAGCGUCUUGUUCUCGUGGAAUACCUGGGGCGGGACAGCACAAGUCAUUUCAUCCUCUGAGAACCAAGUACGCCUCAAGUUCACCUCAGGAAGGUAUAACUCAGACCUUCGUGCUUCAUACUUUGAGGAUAUGUUUCAGACCUUUCAGCUCCUACCAGUCUCGAAGAAGAGCUACGCCAAGUCAAAGCUUGCUCUAGCCGUUAACUCGAGCGAAACGCGCGUCAUUCUCUUCGACGCCUCUGGGUUCCGAGUGGGCAACAACUUCAUUAUCGACAACGAGAUCAUGACCAUAGACAACAUCAACGGCAACCUCCUUCAAGUCUCUCGAGCUCAAGCUGGCACCGCUGCUGCCCCUCACAACCUCGGAGCAAACAUCACAUGGACCGCUCCCACCUCCACGACGUCAUCACCAGUGUCUUCUGUUACUCCCCUGACCCGACGCAGCGAGCACCUCAGGUACAUCUCAGAGCUGGGCUCCAUCACCCUUCCGAGCUCGAUCCUGCAGGCCUCCAGCAGCUAUCAGGACGUGUGGGCUAUACUUGAUCAUGAGAUCAUUUUGAUCCGGCAGCCCGCCUUAAACAUAGUCCAGGCUUCUGACCGCGGACUGAGAGGAACGGUAGCAGCUGCUCACGUGACCAACACGCCCUACAACAUCCCCAACGCGCUCUUCUCCUGGCAAUUUAACGUCAGGUCAAGCUUGCUUGGCUCGUCGGGCUUUUCAGCUUUGCCUGUCUACAGCAUGAAUGCUGCUGGAGUGAUCGCAUUGUCCGGAGUCCAUGUGCUGUCGGGUGGAUCCGGAGUCUCAGGUCGGCCAUCCUUCCAGCUGAGCACCAACAGGUUCAUCGACAGCGAUGCGCAAGGACAGUCAGUCGGAGGAGUGACUUACUCAUACCGUCCUCUGAUCCAACAGACUUACCUUGGGGUCGACCUCUCCAACAAGUUCACUCAGAGACUGAUCAGACCCAAUCUCAAUUACCCCGUGACCUACCAGCCCUGGAGGUUCCCAGCAGACCCUCUCUACUUCCAGGACAGGAUGGACGGGUUUGACCCGAGCUCGGACAGCUCCCUCCUGUCUCACAACGGCUCCAAUGCCAUCAACGCGAGCUCGCCCAUCCCCUUCGAGCCAGGCUCACCAGUGUUUGUGCUCGACUCCUUUGGUCAGAUGCUGGGCGAUCAGGCUGUACCCCAUCAGAGCCUAUCGGUGUCCGAUGGUGCGGCAUACUCCUACUCCAUCACCAGUAGACCUUCCGUGCUGGACUCUACCUGGAGCAGCCCCGCCUUACUCAUCGUGUCGACUUCGUCGGCUACUACAGCAGAAAUCUUCUUCAACGACACUGUAGCGGGCUUAUACUCUAACGGACAAAAGAAUGCCCUGCUGUCCUCCAGCAGCCGGAUGUUUGCAUGGAAGACAGACCCACGCAAGCUUGCUGUGCACGUCGGAGCCGUUGGAACAGGGUUAAACACAGCAAGUGCGAGCUCGUCGACAUCAGCAGGAGGUCAGAACAUCGGAGCCAUCAUUGGAGGCGUCAUCGCGGGCGUCGUCGGAGCAGCUCUGAUUGGUUUCCUUGCCUACAAACUUAUCGCACCUAAACUUGUCGCCAAGGCUGUAGACGAGGUGAUUGUGCCCGUCUACCUGCCUCAGGCGUAUCCUGCCCUGCCCGUAGACUACGCUACAGCAGCUCCCAUGCCAAUCAGCAUCAGCACUCCAGUCUAUGGCCAGCAGCCCUUGGCUUACGGCAUAGCUCGAUACGAGCCUUCGAUUCUAUUGAAUGAUAAUAAAGUAAGAUACGCUUAUCUCAAUGCACAGGACCACAGAAGAACGGCCCCAAACUUCCCGGGCUAUCGCCCUGACAUUGCAAAGAAGUGA